AUGCAUUCUUGGCGUCUAAGAUCAUGUCUUAAAUGGAUCACAUUUACAUUACUAAUCGCGAUCAUUGCAAGGUGUAAUGCCAAUCAAUGUGUCAAUAGAGUUUAUCAGCCCAUCUACGUAGGUAAGUCAUGCAUGAUUAUUUUGAUUCUUUCCAUAUGCUUUAUUCCGCCUUUUAAAUUAACUGUAAGAAGGCUGUCGUUCAAUGGAAAAAGAACAUUUGCUACGGUACAACGUUGAGAAGUCUUUUAUAGAUGGAGUAUAUCCGUCACGAAAUUUUAAUACAUAACGACUAAUAAAGCUUGCUUGCAUCAGUAUAUGAAAGAUACCGUGAGAAAAUCCUCGAAAGAAUUUCUUUGAUGCAACAUGUACUGCAUGGUGGAUAACUCGUCCCCUCCUCAUAUAUUUCGCCAAUACUUUCGAAGAAAAAAAAACUGAAUAACACAUUUGCCAUAUAAAUAAGUUGUCUCACAGUAGUAAUUCAGUAUAGUUUUCAAACAAAAUUUGAACAUCUAUAUUUUCGUUUGCACGCAGGAGGUCCACCUUUACCUGCAGAGGAAAUCUUGUCACGUCAUGUUGUUGGAGGUUCAAUCCGGGUCACCGCUGUAAAGUGCCUUUUUCUUUGUGAAGAACAUACAAGAUGUGUUGGAUUCAACGUCAGAGCAAGUUUCAAUCACGAAAACUGCCAGCUUACUAACGUCACUAAAAGCAAAAAUAAAACUGGCUCAACGAAAGGAGAAUGGAAGUUGUUUCGUGAUCUGGAAGCGGUUUGUAAAAUACAUGUUCUUGAUUGUUAGAUAUUUAUCGGGUCUUGAAAAAUAUCGGUUUAUGUAUUUACAGGUUAUCGCAAAAGAAAUGCCUCCCAUGCAAUAUACAGUAUAUUCCGACUUUUCGAAAUUAUGGAAAUGAUGCUAAAAUACUUUAAUACUUUAAGUAUAGAAGGGAUUCUUAAAGCAAAUGGCCACAUAUCUAACUUUAAAGUGAUCACUUAUAAAUUGAUUCAUUGAAUUUAUCAUUGUAUAAAAACCCAAAUAAUUUUAGUCUCUCAAGAAGUAUUUAUAUGCCUCACCUUAUGUUGUUGUGUCUCCCAAUAACAAUACCACGGUGAUAUUAUUAACACAUAAGUUACACGAAUUUAUUUCUAAUUUAAAAGUGAAUUAGAGGCAAAUUAAGUUACAAAACACAUUAAGAAUUGACGAGGAAUUAAAAUACAACGCUCUCGUGUUUUAUAUCUGAUAAAGCACUCCUGCUCGUGUUUUAAUUUAAUAGUACAUCAAAUUUAAAUGAGAACUGUUGAAAGUUUGACCGACGUAUAUGUAACGUUAUAUAUUUUAUUUAUCUUGUGUAUAAACUACAUUUAACUUUACUUUAUAACUCAACUAUAUUCAGUCCUUGUUUAACGUUCCUUCGACGUUCCAUGUGCUCACAUACAUGAGUCACGUGAUAUCCUUACAUUGCCCAUACAAUAAGAAAGUUAAUAUUAAUCAACAGUUUGAACACCGUCUGCUGUCAUGAGAUAAAGUUAACUUUAAAGUUGAUGUCUUAUAACAACUACUAAGUUCUUCUUAAGUCCUAACCUAACAUGCUUUACUUAUCUGUUUUAAGUGUGUUGUUCAAAUCUACGAGGUUUCUUUAUUGUUCUACCAUACAUAUCUUGAUCUGUCUCUUGAUACUUCAUUUCAGGGUAACGACUUUGUCUCGACUUGUUGCUCGUUGUGCUUGCAUUUUUAUCAUUCCGUCUUCUACUUCCGAGGUAAUUUUACUCAGUUGUUUCCUGUUUCGUCUGUAUUGGACUUUAUCCGGUUUCCACUAUGUACGAACGAGGUGCAAUCUUUUCUUUCACUGUUGCCUUUUCUCCUUGGUCGUAGAUUCUCACCACCUCACUUUGCUUCAGUGGUGGCAAAGGUUUCGCUUCUCUAUCAUGAUAAACCUUCUGGAUUUAUUUUUUCUUCGUUUUCCAUGCAACAACUGCUUUGGAAUCUUUAACAUUGAGCUGGUUUUCUACAACUGGAAGAUCUGUUUUAAGUGUUCUUCCCAUCAGUAACUCAGCUGGUGACUUAUGGUUGUCAAGUGGUGUUGAUCAAUAUGCUAACAGUCCGAGAUAUGGGUCUGUUCCGCUUUCAAUUAAUUUGCUUAUAAUAUUCUUUACUGUCUGGACAGCCUUCUCAACUAACAUUAGAGGACGGGAAAUGAGGACUGCUGGUAACAUGUUUAAAUCCCCAUUUGUUCUUGAAAUCAGCAAACUCUUGACUACUAUAACAUGGUCCAUUAUCAUGCACUAUGAACAAUAUCAGGAAUGCCAUGUCUGGCGAAAGUUACUUUCAUACCUUUAAUCACAGCUUUACUGCUUUGGCUUGAUAGAGGUAUAUCACUUCCGGAUAGCUGGAUAGAGGUAUAUCACUUCCGGAUAGUUGUCUUUCUCAGUAGCGGUCAUGUAUAGCUCGAACGCUUUCUUCCAACGAGUUUCAACGGUUUGGGAGCUGGAAUUUGUUCUGCCAUUUCGGGUUCUUGUAUCUUUGAUUAAAAUCUCUUUUCUGACACCAUGUAACUUUAUAUAUUUUAUUUAUCUUAUGUAUAAACUACAUUUAAUUUUACUUUAUAACUCAACUAUAUUCAGUCCUUGUUCAACGUUCCUUCGACGUUCCAUGUGCUCACAUGCAUGAGUCACGUGAUAUCCUUACAGUAUAUAAUUAUGCUGAUGCGUUGUGUUAUACGUCAUAGGCAUUGCGGUGGUACUUUAUUAUAGGGACCUUUAGGGGGGAGUAUACCUGAUACACCUUCAAAAUAUCGGGAAAUGUUUUUGCUAAAAUCAUCUUUAGGUACUAAAGAAACGUAUACCAAUCAAAACGGGCCUGUUUGAGCUUUCUUUUUUGAAAAUAUAAGCUUAAUUUUGUGAAGGACUUUGGAAUAUUGAAUCUCGUUGCUAUGGAAACGAGAUCAUAUUUCGUCAUUUCGGUUGUCCUUUCUCUCUUGCUUUUAGAUGAUUUGAAAGACAAAUUGAAUAUUUUUGCGGUUUGGUGACAGUGACAAUGCUUCACUUGCUCAAUUACUUUUGAAAUAACAUCAGAGUUGACCAACAAUGUUUGACAUUAGUUUUUAAAUGUCUUUUCUAGAACACAACACAUGGAAAACACUUGUGCAUGGUUCAUAAACUUUGUUAGCCGUUUUCUCAAAAAUGGUAUUUUCGGCAGGGGCCGUUACUUAAAACCCAAUAACUUGAAAACUAUUUCACCAAUCUUGCUGAUUUUUUCAGGGAAGAUUCCCAAGGCAAUACUAAAAGAAAUAAUAGUUGCUUUUUCAAUUGGUUACUACCUUAUAAGUUUAGACAAAUUUUACCACACAGUGGAAUGUUACUUCUAUUCAAGUGGUUCCCAUGGGAACAAGAAACCUAGCUACUCCAAAAGCAUCCAAUAUUAGUUUUUUCUCUAAAGUGUACUAAAUAUAAAGAAAUAAUGAUCAUUAGUCUAUGAUAGGUGGCCUCUGACAAAAUAGAAUUUAAAGAUGGACUGCCGAAAAAUAGACUUUGUCAUGCUUACAAGCACGUUUUCCUAUUAUGAAUUAACUUUUGUAUAUUAUUUUUAUAUUCGUUUUCAGCAUCUAAUUAGCCUGCGCGCAGACUAUAUAAUGACAUAUAUAGUCUGCGAAUCCGUGGCAUGAAGCUUGUAUGGUCACGUGAAUUUCCCAAGAAAAGUUGGGACGAAUUGUGAUUGGUUGAACUAUAAUUAUGCAGAAUUAGUGUUAAUUCAUCGGACAUUGCGUUCACAACGCGCGUUGGCUGUUCAAAAUUGACGGGUUCCAAGGUCAAAUGACUAAAAUGACAAUGUUUAUUACAGUUGUAUUUAUAGAAGUGUGGCGGAUAAACAAAAAAGGACGUUGUUUUCAAAACCGAAAGCCCAUUUCGCCAAACAGAAGAUGUAAUAUUAUAGAUUUCUUCUACAACGGCCUUUCUUGUUUGUCCGCCACACUUCUAUAAAUACAACUGUAAUAAACAUUGUUAUUUGACCCUGGAAACGGUCAAUUUUGAACAGCUCAACGCGCGUUGCGAACGCAAUGUCCGAUGAAUUAACAUUAAUUCUGCAUAAUUAUAGUUCAACCAAUCACAAUUCGUCCCAACUUUUCUUGGGAAAUUCACGUGACCAUACAAGCUUCAUGCCACGGAUUCGAAGACUAUAUAUGUCAUUAUAUAGUCUGCGCGCAGGCUAGCAUCUAAUAAGCUUUGAAAUGAUGUAUAGCAUGUUGCAAUUGCAAUAAUCUAUCAAUAUUAAGAGCCAAUACAAUAACAUGAUGUCGCAAACGUAAAAUUUAAGGUGUACUCCCCCAAACGUAGAGGUAGAAAAAGGACUGGAACGAAAACACCGUUCUCCGCGGGAAAUAGAACAUUUAAGCAACACUGCAACACGAGAACGUUGAGAAUUUUUGACAACAACAAAAAAAAUAACUUGUUCAUACAAAUGUCAUCUUUUAAGGAAUUACAGAAGUUAUUUCUCAUGCCACGACCGAGGUAUUAUUGAUGAUGAACAAUUAUAAUUGUUUUUAUAUUGUUCAUACAUUGUACGACUAAAAAAAAAACAGAUUUUCCAUACGAGUUGUACCCUAAUUUCAACCUUCAUGACAUGACUGAUGAUGAAUGUUUGUCAGAGUUCAGAUUCCGCAAACAGGGCAUACUAGUUCUUGCAGAAAACCUUCAAAUCCCGCAACGUUUGAUAUGCGAACAACGUUCAAUAUGUGACGGUUUGACAGGGCUUUGUAUGUUGCUCAAGCGGAUUUCGUACCCAUGCAGGUAUAGACCAGUCCCUUUAAUCAUUAUAAAGCAUGAUCUAAUCUCUUUCAAAUUCUUACCAAUACCGAAUUGUAUCUGUAUAAGAAUGAUUCAAUGCAUUUUUAAAAACAUCGGGCUAAGCCUAUCUAUACGUAAAACAAAUAUAGGCCUAGCAGCCAAAAAAUCCGAAAUUAUACUCACGUUUUCACAAAAACGUCAAAAGACUCCAUUUGCCGUCGUCGACAAAGGCAUGAGAACGUCAACAUAUUUUGAAGAAAGCGCAAUGGGUUUAAAAUCGUGCAAACUUACUUCCGGUCGUCGUUGUCGUGCGCGAGGUCGUGUUUGCUUAAGGUCCCUACUAGUUAACCAAGGAGCAUAAUUAUAUGUAUUUCGAACUCUUCCUGUCCGCAAGGAAGCGCGUGCAUGCAUAUAUUUAACCUCAUUAAAAUGUGGUUCCAAGAAUCUCAUAGGUCGCUUGGGUCAGAUGAAUAUAAAAUAUAAAGUAAUAGUCAUCCGAUACUCUGAAUGGUAAAUCAACGGGACCUUAUAUAGGUUCAGUUCAAACUGGGGGCCUCUUGACAAAAAUCUUACACAACUGCUGUUGUGAUGUUGAUGCCUCUCUACGCCCAUGACAUGUUUUUAUGACGUUUUAGCCCCCUGCAGGUUCCCUGGUGAAUUUGCUACGAGUUCUCCGCGGGCCGGGAAAAUCGUUAUUUCAAAAAAGUUAUGGCCUUGGGGAAAAACGAGAAAUAAACUAAUUUAAAUUAAUAAUUUGAAAAUAUAAACAAGUAAAUCAUUCUCUUUUAGUAUAUAUAUAUAUAUAUAUAUAUAUAUAUAUAUAUAUAUAUAUAUAUAUAUAUAUAUAUAUAUAUAUAUAUAUAUAUAUAUAUAUAUAUAUAUAUAUAUAUAUAUAUAGACGCAUACGAGCGUGUAUGCGCGCGUAAAUAUGGCCCCUAAUAUCCAUAUAUUUUCAAAUCUCAGACCAAUUGCAAGGGUGUAAUAUGUCACAAUGGAAGCGGAUGUGCCAGCAAUCAUAAGGAAGGAACUUGGCAAUGUCGUUGUUCUGUUAAUUAUGCUGGAAAGCACUGCGAGAAUUAUAGUAAGUGACUUGAAAACUUCUGUAUCGUAAAUCGACUAUUAAACCCCCUCUCAAAUAUAUUCACUUCUCCUUUCAAUAGACUCGGCCUCUAAAAUCUCCUUUUUUAUUAACUGCUUGUCCGUCUCUAUUCAAACUUCUUCUGAUUCAUUACUAAGAAUCAAUUUGAUUGAUAGACUGAUUAAUUAAACUGGGUAUUUACGCGGUUAUAUAUUACCAUUUUCUUUAUCUAAAUCAAUGAAUUUUGCCUCUCUAUUAACGUGCUGAAAUAAAAACUUGCAAAGCGAUUAAUAGAAGAUGAUUUACGGUAAGCUUGAUGAUUUAUAUAUUUCAUUACGGUACUGCAACAGUUAAUUUUUUCUGUCUUUAUUCGCAUUAAACAGUUGAAGAUAUCAACAUUAUUUUCGCCCAUUUAAAAGGGCGACUAAUGGAAAAAAUACAUGUGUGUGUGUGUGUGUAUAUGUGUGCUUGAGUUUCUUUGUUCGUUGUUCCUUCGUUGUUGCCUACUUGCCAUGACACCUUUCUGGACCGGACACGUUUCUAAAAUGGAUAACUUUCUAAACUGUAGUGCAACUUAUUUUUCAGUUUCUUGUUUUUAUGGUUUGUUCCCGAGAUAUUUCAAUAUGUUUGAUAUGUAAAUGAUUGUGAAUAUGUCUGCUAAUUUAUGACGUCACGUUGGUUGCAAUCAUUCAAGAUGAUAAUUUCAAACUUCGCACACUGGUAAAUGUGAUGAUACACUGGAGAAAAACGUGACCUGAUAUCAACAGUUUUUAGAGUUAUUACAUUUAUAACCAGUGUAAGUUGAGUUUGCAACCAACAUGACGUCUUAAAUUAGCGGACAUAUUCACACUCAUUGACAUUUCAAACAAAUUGAAAUAUCUCGGGAACAAACUAUAAAAACAAGAAACUGAAAAGUAAGUUACACUACAACUUAAAGAGUUCUUUCAUUUAAGAAAAUAAGAAAUUUCAUUUCAUAUGCACUUAAAUAUGGACAUAUCUCUAAGAUAGUCCUCUAACACAGAUACUCUUUAAUACGGAGGUCCCUUUAAUGCAGAUACUUUUAAUACGGAGAUAUCUUUAAUGUGGACACUCUCUAAUAGGGAGAUUUCUUUAAUAUGAAUACUCUCUAUUACGGAGAUCUCUUUAAUAUGGUCAAUCUCUAAUAUGGAGAUCUCUUUAAUGUGGACACUCUCUAAUACGGAGAUCUCAUUAAUGAGGACACUUCUAAUUCGGAGAUAUCUUUAUUGUGGAUCGCCUUAAUGUGUACACUUCUAAUAUAUAGAUCUCUUUAAUGUGGGCAUCUCUAAUAGUAACUAGAUCUCUUUAAUGUGGACACUUCUAUUACGGAGAUCGCUUUAAUGUGGCGACUUCUAUACGGAUGCCUCUUUAAUACGAAGUUCUCUUUAACACAAAUGUCGCUCUAAUGCGUAGACCUCACUGAUAUAAGUACAUGCACCAUCAAUACGGACUUCUAAGUUCUAACCGUAUCCGUAUCUAACCGUUUUAAUAUUCCUUUCAGAUCCAUACGGAGGGAUGAUUGAUUCUUCAGGAAUAGUUCACAAUGAACUUUUUCUAGUAAAAGGCAUGUUUAAUCAUCCAACAGCAAAGAAAGUGUGUAACGCAUUUGGUGCCCAUCAACCAUCGUGGGAAGAUAUUGCUCGAAUAGCAAGAGAAGCAGAGUAUGGAUUCUGUAAACCGUAA